CUCCUUUUUCCAUUUCUUGGUUCUUAUACUUUGAUAGAAGCUUUUUUUCUCUGUUGUUUUUUGGUUUUUCGAAUGGCAGGGAAGAAGCAAACCAAAGGAAGGCAAAAGAUAACGAUGAAGAGAAUAGAGAAUGAAGAGGACAGGCUAAUCACAUUUUCGAAACGAAGAUCUGGUAUCUACAAAAAGGCAAGUGAACUGAUUACUCUAUGUGGUGCUGAGGUUGGGAUUCUUGUAUUUUCUCCAGCAGGCAAGCCCUUUUCCUUCGGUCAUCCAUCUUUGGAAUCCAUUGCUAAUCGUUUUCUUGGAAAGAAUGUACCACCAAGCGACAAUACACACCCUCUCGUUGAAGCGCAUCGAAAGAUGAGGAUCAACGAGCUGAACAAGCAGUAUAAUGAACUGCUUAAUCGGCUCGAAUCGGAGAAAGAGCGGGGGAGUAUGCUGAAGAAGACGAUUAGAGGGAAAGGGUGCAAUAACUGGUGGGAAGCUCCAAUAGAUGACCUUAACAUGCAAGAACUAGAGCAAAUAUAUGCCAUGUUUGAAGAGCUGCACAGCACUUUAUGCAAGAAAAUGAAUGAGAAAAGAAACAAUGGAGUUUCUUUAUGGUCGUCUUCAAUUCCUCAAAUGAAUAAUCAUGGCCUUAUGGUGAACAAUUCAUCUGCAUAUAACAUUCCCAAUAAUGAGAAUCAUUUUUCUUCCUUUCACCAUGGCUGUGGUUUUGGGCAAGGGCAGUUUUGAAUCAUCUCUUCUCGUCAAGAUAGAGUUAGCAUUCAGACUUUAGUCUUUAUCUUAAUUAAUAAUAAAGAUCAAAGAUAGCUAUUGGUCUCGUCUUAUAUAACUACUGUUUUAGAGGUGGAUAUGGGAGCUAUAGAGUAGAAGGUUACUGUGAAACAUCAGAUCUUUGUUAUCAGGUUUCUUACAUACAAGUGGAAUUCUUAGUUUUAAA